AUGCCGUCUUUUCCCUUGUCUCGCCUUCAGCUGCAUACGAGUCUCGUCCAGUCUCCCUCGUCGAUCCUCACCUCGAUCCGCCCUACCUUGAAGAGUUCCUCCAAUGAUGUCUGCACUAGCGUCACCACCAUCUCCUUAACUUCCCUCCCUUGCUCCUCCUUCUUCCUCUUCUCCUUCCUCCUAUUCCUCUCCGCCCUCUGUCGGUCAACCAACAAUAGCCAAAGCUUGUCUGCAACUGGCCUGUCCGAUCUCGCUCAAGGCGGUUGCAACCACUCCUUCCGUCUCGACCGUCUCUUCGGCUGCCGGUAG